AUGUUUCCGUUCAGGAUCCAGGGAUCGGUUAUAGAUGAGAAGAUUCAGAUCUCUGGUGGCGAGCUGUUUGAGCGGAUCAUCGAUGAAGACUUUGAGCUGACGGAGAGAGAGGUGAUUAAAUACAUGCUGCAGAUCAUCGACGGGGUGAACUUCAUCCACAAGCAGGGCAUCGUACACCUGGACCUGAAGCCAGAGAACAUAAUGUGUGUGGGGAAGACUGGGAGCAAAAUCAAGCUCAUCGACUUCGGCCUCGCCAGGCGACUAGAAAACGCCGGGACUCUGAAGGUUCUGUUCGGGACUCCAGAGUUCGUGGCUCCUGAAGUGAUCAACUACGAAGCCAUCAGUUAUCCCACCGACAUGUGGAGUAUAGGAGUCAUCUGUUAUAUACUGCUGAGCGGUCUGUCUCCCUUUAUGGGCGACAAUGACAAUGAGACUCUGUCCAACGUGACCUCGGCCUCCUGGGACUUUGAGGACGAUGCCUUCGACGAAAUCUCAGAAGAUGCCAAAGACUUUAUCACCAACCUGCUGAAGAAAGACAUGAAGAAGCGCCUCACCUGUGCUCAUUGCUACGAUCACAAAUGGCUGAAACAGGACACCAACACUAUGACAACCAAGAAACUCUCCAAAGAGAGGAUGAAGAAGUAUAUCCUGAGGAGGAAAUGGCAG